AUGAAGUUCCGCCGCGGAUUGGACUCCAUCAUCCAGAGCCGUGUUGCCGAGUCCGCAGACUGUCCGGACGAGGAUGACUUCGAGGAAUGGUACAAGGCAGCACAGCGGGUUGCUGACAACCGUGCUGCUAACCAAUCCUUCCACUUUGGCGUGCACUCCGGAAACUCCGGACACUCCGGAUCCCUCGUCCGACCAGCAGCCAGCUCCGGAGUCGCUCGGACUCCUGCGGGUGUACUCCCUGCACCUCGGACUCAGCUCCCGCCUCUGCAACCCCGCUUCCAACCUCUGCCUCCUCCGAAGGCUCUCUCACCCGGCGUCCCCAUGGACGUCGACCACACCCGCUCCCGGCCCGCCGCUUCGCAGCUCUGCUACCGAUGCGGCAAACCCGGUCACAUGUCCCGGGAGUGCCCACUCCGGUACGACGUCCGGUUCAUGACCACCGAGGAGCGGAUGUCCGCCAUCGAAGAUCUCCUGACCGCGGCCGAUGUUGUAGAAACUGCGGGGACCUCGGAAGGAAUAGACGAUGAGGGAACGGCCCAGGUUGAGGAAUUGGACACGGCGGAUUUUGUCCGGACCAACGACAUAGACGAAAUAGACGAUUCCAAUCACUCCGAUGAUUCGUCCAACUGGGAACGGCGGCUACCCAGUAGCUAUAAGAUCUCCGCGCUGCCCGGCGAGGACAACGCCGUGGAUUACUACGUGGCAAGAGACGCAGACGGAGGGACCAGGUACCUACCAACCACGCCCGUAAUUUUCCAAUCCGGGGAUAUCGUCGAGCUCCAGGCGUCGAUGACGUGUAUCCCGACGAAAGGAAGCUUCACGGUGAAGCUGAUACUGAGGAGCGUCAUGUUGCUCAACGGCGAGUUCACCACGGACGCAACUACCGCCAGAACCUUGAUUGCCAUUGCACCCACCGCAGUGCCGAAGCGUCUGAAGCGCCGCAACCCGUACAUGAGCGGCUUCGAUGCAAGGAAGAGCGGCCCCCACAAGCCGUACGACAGAGCUCUCGCAAAUGCCAACACAGAUGGGAAUGGCUGUGCAGGGAUGAGCCAGACUGCCGCCGCCGACCUCUACUCAUAUGCCAGGAUCGACCACAAUAACGACAGCGACGGCAAUGCACAGGCUGAGGGCUUUGGGCCAGGAGCAGACCAGCAGGCGGGAGACAUGCCCAUGGAGGGCUGA